AUGGCGCCCCCGUAUAACUCGAUCACAAAGGAAAGUCGAGAAAUUGUCUUGUACCAUCGUUCUGGUACCAUAAGUCGAUGUGAAAAUACAAGCGAUUUCUCUCAGGCUACUAUUGAUGAACCUUCUGCUCGGGAAAACGUUGGAUUACUCAAUGGGUUUCUUGCUGGUGGAUACUCUGGUUCGAACCUUUUGGGAUCUAAUUCUGAGUCUCCCCUGAGACUUGCUUCGGACACUGAUAUGACUGUGAACCUCGUCAAACCGGUUCUGCCUUCAUGGAAUAUUUCACCUCAAUCUCAAAUCACACUCUCGCAUCCGUCCAACGAUGAUAGUGGACAAACAUCUUCACGUGGCGCCAUUUACGACAGAAUUCUAGCGACGCAAAUGUGGGAAUAUGCGCAAGACUUUGGUCCUAGAAUUGCAUGGCCAAAUAGAACUACGGAUGACAGUGAUGAUUUUGACCCGGAGGGUGUAAUGCCCCUGGUAAGGCGUUCAGUUGCCACGUUGAGGGUAUUUGAGGAACCAAGCUUCCAGGAAUUGCUUAACUUUUACGCGUCGUACGGCAUACAUAGAUUCGAUCUAUUUAGCACGUUAUAUCAGCGAUUAUGCAUCGGUUUGCGAAAUACUGUUUACUCGAAUACGUCGAAGGUUCUGCUCCUCCGAUUCACUGAAACAUGGGAUGAAUCCCUACGUAACCGUUCAAAAGAACAUUAUCAACUUGGGGUACGAGCAUUGCGUCUCGAAUUGGAGAGCACCUAUCUUUCCCCAUGGGUGAAAAUAGCUGGUCUGGUGGAGCUAAUGAAUUACGAAUACAAUGCAGGCUACCUAUCCGCUUAUUAUCACCACCUUGAUCAAGCUGCUGCUCUUGUUAGGGCUGUCAUGGGGAAUGAAGCAAUAGACUUUACCAAUCUAAGUGGGGAGCAGACAUUUGAUAUCCGCUGUAUUGCUUGGUACGAUAUCUUGAGCAGCAUGGCUCUUGCGAGGCCCACGUUGCUCGAUUACAAAACAGAUACACAGGAACUAUCUAGACUCUCACGAUGGGACAAAGGGGUCGACUCUGAUCAUGGGAUUGAGUGGAUUGUGGGAUGCCCUGACCCACUGAUUGUCCUUGUCGCUCGUGUAUCAGCUCUAAGGCAUGCCCAUAUCUCACCAGAAGAAAAACUCGCUCUUGGGACCGAAAUUGAGCAAUUGGCGCGAAACACCCAGUUUCGUCCGUUGAGGAGCACAAACCCUAGGUUUAGAAUUGCAAGACUGGCUAUGCAAGAGGUCUGCCGUCAUGCAGCUAUCUUGUAUGUUUAUCAUGCGAUAUUCAAGUCGGAUUCGAGUCAUCCAACCGUCCGGGAUUCGGUUAAGACUAUUAUAAAUUGGCAUCUAUCCUUAAGCCAGGAUUCAACCCUGAUUGCUUCAUCCCCGUCCCAUAUUUUAUUACACUCCGGAUGCAAAUUCUAUCUACAAACCAAACACCUUCGGAAGAUGAGCUACGUCGCGAAGGACAAAGAUUACGACGCCACUGGCGCUCCUGUCUCUACUAAGCUCCACAAGAUUCGCAUUACCUUGACCAGCAGCAAUGUUACGAACCUCGAGAAGUUCUCUCGUGACCUCGUCAACCGUGCUAAGGACAAGGACCUCCGCGUCAAGGGCCCAGUCCGCCUUCCUACUAAGGUUUUGAGGAUCACUACCCGCAAAACUCCUUGCGGUGAGGGUUCCAAGACAUGGGACCGUUACGAGCUCAAGAUCCACAAGCGCCUUAUCGACCUUCACUCCUCAUCCGAGAUUGUUAAGCAGAUCACCUCCAUUUCGCUUGAACCCGGUGUCGAGGUCGAGGUUACUAUUGCCAGCAAUUAA